UAUUGCACCAGUUCAGCAAUGCAGCUACAAAGAACGGACCAUUCUGUACUCGGUUCGACGACUAAAUUGGAUUGUAUUUCCAUAUAGUAGCAUGUGCUGUACGAAAUACAAACAUUGAUUCCAAAAAGUCAAACAUGAAGGAACAAUAUAAAGAAACUGAUGUUACCCGCAGGAUUUCCAAUGUAUCUUUUGGAGUGGACAGCAGACACAACAUGGCACAACAAGCCCAUAUACAUGUUGUUGCUAAAAACUUGUAUAAUCAAGAUAGCAACCACACUCCAGUUCCUUAUGGUGCACUUGAUGAUCGCAUGGGAACAUGUUCCAAUACAAAAAAAUGUGGCACAUGUGAAGGCAAACUAAAUGAUUGUGCAGGACAUUUUGGUUAUAUAGAUUUAGAACUACCAGUCUUUCAUGUUGGUUACUUUAGAGCUAUCAUCAGUAUAUUACAAACAAUCUGCAAGAAAUGUGCUCAUGUCAUGUUAUCACCUGAAGAUAAGAAUUAUUAUUUGCUAAAAGUUUUAAACCCAAAUUUGGGAUAUUUGGCACGUAAAGCACUGCGUAAGCAGAUUUUAGAAAAGGCAAAGAAGACAACAAUAUGCCAGAAUUGUAAGGAAAUCAAUGGUACUGUUAAGAAAGCUGGAAUGUUGAAAAUUGUACAUGAAAAGUAUAAAAACAAAAAGAAACAGGAAAAUAUCAUUGAAGAAAAAUUGUUAUCGGAUUACCGUUAUGUAGUUGAACAUAACAAAGAGAUAAAAAGUAUACUGCAAAGCAGUGGAUUGGUUUUCACUCUAAAUCCAAUACUAGUACUAGAACUAUUUGAGAGAAUUCCAGUAUGUGAUAUCCCACUGUUGCUAAUGAAUCGAGAACAUACAUUACCUCAGGAUCUGAUACUGACCAGAAUCCCUGUUCCACCUAUUUGCAUCAGACCUAGUGUUGCAUCCGAUCUGAAGUCUGGCACCAACGAAGAUCCUUUAACAAUGAAAUUGUCAGAAAUCAUUUUUAUCAAUAAUGUUAUUCAGAAGCAUAUGCAGUCUGGUGUUAAGGUGCAGAUGUAUCACGAAGACUGGGAAUUUCUCCAAUUGCAUUGUGCAUUGUAUAUUAAUAGUGAAAUGUCUGGAAUACCUCUUAAUAUGCAGCCUAAAAAAUCAGGCAGAGGUUUAGUGCAAAGGUUAAAGGGAAAACAAGGUCGUUUCCGAGGUAACUUGUCAGGAAAACGCGUCGACUUUUCUGCUCGUACGGUCAUCUCACCCGAUCCGAAUCUUAAAAUUGAGCAAGUUGGCGUACCUUUGUACAUUGCAAAGAUUUUAACAUACCCCGAGAGAGUCAAUCCGGCGAACAUGGACUUAAUGCGCCAAUUAAUUCGCAAUGGUGCGGAUGUACAUCCCGGGGCGAACUUUGUACUACAUCAGAAAACGCAGAGGAGAAUGUACCUUCCAUAUAGUAAUCGGAACAAAGUUAUCCGAGAGUUACAGUAUGGCGAUAUCGUCGAGAGGCAUCUCAGAGACGACGACAUAGUGUUGUUCAAUCGGCAACCGUCUCUGCAUAAAUUGAGCAUUAUGGCGCACAGAGCUAAAAUAUUGAAUCACCGAACGUUCCGAUUUAAUGAAUGUGUCUGCAACCCUUACAACGCGGACUUUGACGGCGACGAGAUGAAUCUUCAUCUACCUCAAACCGAGGAAGCGCGGGCGGAAGCGUUAGUGUUGAUGGGGAACAAAUCCAACUUAGUCACACCUCGCAACGGCGAGUUACUAAUAGCGGCAACUCAGGACUUCAUCACUAGCAGUUAUCUCUUAACGAGGAAAAACACGUUCCUUACGGAGGCCCAGGCUGUUUUAUUGGCUAAUUGCUUGAUGAAUGACGCUGAUAAUCUCGUGUCUGUAACUCUGCCUCCGCCUGCGAUAAUAAAACCGAUCAAAGCAUGGACUGGCAAACAGAUAUUCGGUCUGAUAAUGCGACCGAAUGAAGAAUGCCCGGUUAAAGCGAAUCUAAGGACAAAGGGCAAGGCGUACACCAAUGGCGAAGAAAUGUGCAUUGAGGAUUCUUAUGUCCUCAUUCGCAAUUCCGAACUAUUAGCUGGUUCAAUGGAUAAGGUUACAUUGGGCUCGGGAACGAAGCAAAGUAUAUUUUACAUUUUGCUGUGUGACUGGGGCGAAGAUGUCGCGACUUUAGCUAUGUGGCGUUUAGCGAGGCUAGCGAGCUGUUAUAUCACAAACGCAGGAUUCUCCAUCGGUAUAUCUGACGUCACGCCCGGUCAUGGUCUGCUUCAGGCCAAGGAAGAACUAUUGAAGAACGGUUAUGACAAGUGCACCAAUUACAUUCGGCAAAUGGAGGAAGGAAAUCUAGUCUGCCAACCUGGAUGCACAAAAGAGGAGACGAUGGAAGUGAAGAUACUGAAGGAACUUUCGGCAAUUCGUGAUCACGGUGGCAAGGUGUGUUUGAAGGAACUCGCGCCCGGCAACAGUCCUUUGAUCAUGGCAAUUUCCGGGAGUAAAGGCAGUUUCAUUAAUAUCUCCCAAAUGAUCACCUGCGUAGGUCAGCAAGCCGUCAGUGGUAAAAGAGUGCCGGACGGAUUCAACAUUCGUUCAUUACCUCAUUACGCGAGAGGUUUAAAAACACCGUCUGCCAAAGGCUUUGUAGAGAAUUCAUUUUACUCCGGGAUGGUUGGCCCAGAAUUCUUCUUCCACACUACUGGCGGUAGGGAAGGUCUUGUAGAUACCGCCGUGAAGACUGCUGAGACCGGAUACAUGCAGAGAAGACUGGUGAAAAGUCUGGAGGACUUAUGCUUUCAGUACGACAUGACCGUGCGUAACUCAAUGGGUGACAUCGUGCAGCUCAAGUACGGCGGAGAUGGGAUGGAUCCGACGUACAUGGAAGAUAAAGAUUGGCCACUGGACUAUCAAAGAGUGUUGGAGCAUGUGAAAGCGAAAUCACCGCACAAGGAGGAGAUACCUCUGGACGGCGCUGAUAUAACCGACACCGCAUUCCAAUGGUUCGCUGACUCAGAACGGUUUAGCAGUGUCGAGGAGGAGUUGAAGGACGAUUUGCUCGUGUUUUUAGAAUGGGUAGGAGACAGGAUAACGCAUUACCGCCAAAACAUACUAUGUCACUCGCCAGUGGCACUGCAACCCGGGCGUUUCACUAUCUCACAGCUGGAGGAAUUCAUUCACACGUGCAACGAGAAGUACAUGAGAGCGCGGAUAGAACCGGGCACUGCCGUAGGUGCACUCGCCGCGCAGAGCAUCGGAGAACCGGGCACCCAGAUGACCCUGAAGACCUUCCACUUUGCUGGUGUCGCGUCUAUGAACAUCACGCAGGGUGUACCGCGCAUCAAGGAGAUUAUCAACGCUAGCUUAAAAAUCAGCACUCCUGUUAUAACGGCACCGUUGAUGAACGAUACGAGUUUCGAAAUUGCCAUGCGAGUGAAAGGGCGAAUCGAGAAGACUACCUUAAAAGACGUGGUGGAAUACAUCGAGGAAGUGUGCCUGUUCGACGAUCACUUCCUUCUGAUAAAAUUGGAUACCGACUUGAUCAAAUCGUUGAAGUUGGAAGUGGACGUUAACUCUAUAUGUUAUUCAAUCUGCACGUCGAAAUUACACCUUACCGCAAAAAAUGUAUUGGCGAAGGGUGAUUCUAUCAUCACUAUCCAGCCGAGUAAGCAGAAAUCAAACAAUGAGCUUACGCAACUGAAAGAGAACCUGCCGAAUGUUAUAAUAAAGGGAUUGCCAUCGGUUGCUCGAGUGGUUAUAGACAGUCACGAGGACACCGAUGGCAAAAUGAAAUACAAGUUAUUCGUCGAAGGAGAUAACUUGCGGGAAGUUAUGGCGACGACUGGCAUUCUCAGCAAGAAGACAACGUCGAACAACACUAUGGAGGUUUACAAGGCACUCGGAAUAGAAGCAGCGAGAACAACCAUCAUGACGGAAAUCGAAUCGGUAAUGGAGAAUCAUGCGAUAAGUAUCGAUCAUCGGCAUCUAAUGCUCGUAGCGGAUUUAAUGACUAGCAGGGGAGAGGUACUCGGUAUUACCAGACAAGGUUUGGCGAAGAUGAAAGAGUCUGUCUUGAACCUGGCAUCGUUUGAAAAAACGGCGGAUCACCUAUUUGACGCAGCUUAUUACGGUCAAAGCGACACCAUAUGCGGCGUGUCAGAAUCGAUUAUAAUGGGUAUCCCAAUACCAGUGGGCACAGGACUCUUCACACUACUUCACAAAGCGGACAAGGACGAACCGCAGAAGAGGACACCUUUAUUUGACGAUCCACAGUUCCAUAAGAAGACUACAAAGGUUACCACAGGAAGUUAACUACAAUAAUCGUAAUGUAAAUAAAAUUUAUAAUA